CCGUGAGAAACAAAGAGUCUUUCUCCUGUCGAUGUACUUCUGUGCAUGCAUGUCCACGCGUCGCCGAAAGCGGCGACGACAUACGCUCACACCAUUUCUCGCGCGUCGAGAAAUCGUUGUCCUUCUACGCUUUUGAGUCCUAACUUCUUCUCCUCAUCCUCUGUUUUUUACGGUAGUUUUGGCAGAAGUCCUGAGCCUCCGCCCUCGUUCUCCAGUUUCUCGACCUCGCGCGAAGGUUCUUCGCCUUCUCUCUGCUUUUUCUCGCCGACGCAAGAUCGCUUCUCUCUUCUUCCACUCUCUCCGUGUCGUUUCUCCGUUGUUCCUUUGCGAUCGGGUGUAUCGAUUCUCACUCAGGCGUCUGUUCCAGCGAACGAGAGAUGUCCCCCUUCCUCGCCUGUUCGCUGUUCUCUCCAGAUGUCUCUCUGUGCACCUGUGGAUUCAUAUGCAGUAGCAUCACAACGCAUCCAGUCUCGGUGUCGAGCUUCAUGUCAAACAUACGCAUGCAUAUAUGCUCGUAAAUCUGCAGACAUGUGAUUCCGUAUAUCUGCGUGUAUGCGCAUCUGUGUGCCCCUUCAUAUAUAUAUAUAUAUAUAAAUAUAUAUAUAUAUAUAUAUAUAUAAAUAUAUAAAUAAAUAAAUAAAUAUAUAUAUAUAUAUAUAUAUAUGGGGACGCGCGGAGGAAGGAAGAUUGUCGAUUUCCGUGCGUAUUGAGAGAUGGAGGAGGGAGGCGCGGUGACUGGGCGCCUGGAGGAGGCCUUCCAUGAUGUUUCUUUGGGCGGAAGGAAAGGAACUUUUUUUUUGACUUCGAAAGCUCUCGCAUUUCUCUCCUGCGUGGAGAGCACGGCUGCGAAGGAAGGUGAACACGGGGAAGGACGAGAAGAGAAAACAGAGAGCGACGAACAACAAGCGAAGUCAGGUCAAGCUUUCGAGCUCCAGCUUCUCGUCUGGAUUCAGCAAUGGACUUCCACUGAGCGAUCCAAGAAAAGCGCAAAAGCGCGCCUGACCUUCUCGAACGCGGCGGUCCUACCCUCGGCUUCUGCAUGUGUGCCAGCAACCGGCACCGCCGUCCUCGACUUCGGCGCAGAUCGAGGAAAGAUGGACGCUGCAUGCAGUCUCCUGCAGCAGCUCCACAACGCCGAGCGCCACCGACCCUCCUUCUCGCUGCACGUCUGCGAAACCAAUUCCCCAGAGCGACAGGCUUUCCUGGAGGACCUGAAGAUUGUUCUCGGCCUGCCGGCUUCGUCCGAUCUGCAUGCGGCACUCUCGCUGCCCUAUCUGCUUCUGCGUCCUUCUCUCUCGAUAUACGAGCAUCGCUUGAGGUCGCCUUCGCUCCCCAGUCCGGAACUUCCUCACGAGAGCGAAAGACCGUCUUUCGCGGCUGCCAUGACGCCUCCCAAAGGCGCAGGAGGCGCACCUGAACCUGCCGGCACACCGAGCCCAGGCGCACAUGACUCUGGAGCAGGUGUACAUACACCAGGGCAGAGUCAGCCAGAGGGUGUCUCGGAGUCUGGGAAGAAGCGCGGCGCGGCGUUUGGACCUGCUGGAGACCUGAGAGACGUUUCGGAGGCAAAGCGAGCAAAGGCCUCCAGCGCUUCCGGCAAAGAGCUGCAAAAAACGUCGAGAGCUCCGCAGCCGAGCUCUUCUUCUGCGACUCCUCCCGCGCUCCCCUCUCUGGGGCCUUCUUCUCGUUCACCUGCGCCCGAGGCGCCUGAUCUUCGUCUCCGGAGACUGCACUUGGAGACCGUCGAGAAGAUGGAGAGGCUUCGCGAGGCUCGUGAAAUCCGCGCUGCGCAGCGCAGCCUCCUGCAGAAGAACGCAGUUCUGCGAAACCUGUAUCUCUUCCUCGUCGGCGAUCCAGAGGACGACGGCGACGUCUGCGGGGACCCUGGCAGCGAAGAACAGACAAAGGCGUCAGACGCCAGCGGAGCAGGUGUGAAGAAAGGAAAGGACGGACGGGAGCCGGGGAAGGUGCUCAGUCGAGAAGAAUUCUGGAAGCUCCACCAAAGCGACCUCGUUGCGCAUCGCGCUCAACUCGCACCCGAUCCACCCGCAUCGGCUUUCCUGAUUCGACCGCCGCAGUUUGAGUAUGUUGGAGGCAGCGGAGGAUCGGAAAAACCUUCUUUGCUCGUGGACUGCAGCGAGCAGAUGCUCGACGCAAUUCUCGAGGAAGACCCGCGCAUCAACGAGGUGUACAGACAGCUCGUGCCCACAGGUCGGAUCGCGCGCGAGAAGUUUUUUGAGCGUCUUUUUCAGUCCAAGUAUUUCCAGGAAUUCCUCGGCUUGCCUGCACAAGCCUCUGCCGCUGGUCACGCGACGCUCGCUGGCCUCUCCAGCGAAGACUCAGGAACUCUCAUCAACCUGUCAAACACCGCCCCGUCGCUUCUGGCGCCCUCUGCACAAGUCGUGCUGGAGCUGGCGACGGCGUCCGAGGAUCUGAUCAGUACGGAGGCUUUCCGGAUGCGCGGAUUCGGCACGGCUGACGGACUAAACUCUUUGGGAGGCGAUGCGGUCGACUCAACAGAAGCCAAGCGACGCAUGACGCUCGCGCCCUCAGAGCCUCAAGACGCGCUUCCAGGCGUCCCCAACGCUCGCCGCCCUCUACAGAGUCGGCUGCUGGAGCGAUUCAAUCGGCAGUCGCACCGCCUCCUUCUCCAGCACAUGUUGCCUCCGACCGCGGUCGCGGCGUCGCAGAGAGAGCCUGAAGCCUCAGGAGCGCCAGGGGUGGGGCGCGCGGCCGCUGGGGAGCUGGAGAAAAUCCACGAGCAGCUGCAGCUGGUGGCCGACCAAGAAAAAAAGAUUUUCAGCGCUCAGAAGGAAGACGCGCGAAGCAGGCCUGGCCCCGCGGGAAAGGCCCCCCGACCCCACACCCGUCCUCUCGUCGCCGAGUCCUCAAAGAGCGAGAGAGUAGCCGCAGAGCUGCGACUGGGGGAUCUGGCAACUCCGGAGACAGUGUCUCACCAGCUGCUGGAAGUGAGUCGGAGACAGCUGUACGCGGCGGGGAGUCGGCGGGUGCCGUCUGUCUCGGAGAAAAGCAAAUCUUUGCCUGCAUGCGCCGAGUGGGCCUCUCCGGGCGAUGCAGGGAGCGCGGAGGAGCAGGAGAGAACGACGCGCGCAGCCGAGAGAAAAGCGGUUGAAGAGUGGAUUGGACAAGUCACGGAGAGAGUCGAGGGUCACACGGUGACGCCGACUGCUUCCUUGUACGAAACGGGCCGGUACAUGUUUGUCUUCAACACGAAGUUGUGUCAAAGCGAGAAGGUGGCACAAGUCGCAGCGUUGGACUACGAACCGACGACGGUGAAUGCGGUGCGCGCCCACCAGGCGAGGGUGACGGAGCUGCUGCAGCAUUUCUACGCCUCGGCUGUCCCAGAUGAAGAGAAACGCGAGCGGAUUAUUCAGGCUCUCGACGCCACGAAGAACGAACUCGAGAGAACGCAAGAGAGCACCUUCGGGCCGUACACGGGGGCAGCAACGAAGGCACUGUGCAUGCCGUUGUUUGACCAGAUAAAUGCGGCGAAAGUGCACCACAACAAGUUGAAGAAACUUCUCUCAGACUUGAGAGCGCAGAGAAAGUCACACCACAUGCGCCAGGCUGCACUCACACAGCGUGCUCCAUCCCAGGCGCAUGACAGGCGACAGUCCGCUUCGUACACAUAGAUCUGUUUUCCGUUUUCUCUCAGUGGACGUGGAUCUGUGUGGACUGACACUCUGGAAACCCACCAAAGGAUUGGGAACUCGGUCAAGACUUUUUACACCGAACCGAUACGAGGAAGUCCGCAAUACAGCGAGUGAUUAUAUGUCCCCAGGGAGAGAGUAGCCUCAAAGCGUCCAGAGCACACAGUCGGGUCUCGGAGAAAGAAGAUUUCGAACGCGUGUGCCACCGCAGAGAAAAACUCACCUUUACACUUUGCACAUGCAACAGAGCUGGAGCAGGCCGUUGUUGUGGCGAGUGGUCGGGAAAAAAGCGGAG